AGAGGCCAGAUAGGGUCUGUUACCUCACUGCUAAUUUCCCUAGCAAAUAAACCAGCAGCUGCUGGUCCAAGUUACCACCGAGAACAGGGAACUGCAUGCAUGGGACAGGAUGCUUUCAUGGAGCCCUUCAAUGACACACUUGGGGUCUUUCAGUGCAAAUUAUACCUUCUUCUCUUCGGUGCUUGCUCGGGACUGAAGGUGACAGUGCCAUCACACACUGUCCAUGGCAUCAGAGGUCAGGCCCUCUACCUCCCCGUGCACUAUGGCUUCCACACUCCAGCAUCAGACAUCCAGAUCAUAUGGCUAUUUGAGAGACCCCACACGAUGCCCAAAUACUUAUUGGGCUCUGUGAAUAAGUCUGUGGUUCCUGAUUUGGAAUAUCAACACAAGUUCACCAUGAUGCCACCCAAUGCAUCUCUGCUUAUCAACCCACUGCAGUUCCCUGAUGAAGGCAAUUACAUUGUGAAGGUCAACAUUCAGGGAAAUGGAACUCUAUCUGCCAGUCAGAAGAUACAAGUCACUGUUGAUGAUCCCGUCACAAAGCCGGUGGUGCAGAUUCAUCCUCCCUCUGGGGCUGUGGAGUAUGUGGGGAACAUGACCCUGACGUGCCAGGUAGAAGGGGGCACUCGGCUAGCUUACCAAUGGCUAAAACAUGGGAGACCUGUCCACACCAGCUCCACUUACUUCUUUUCUCCCCAAAACAAUACCCUUCAUAUUGCUCCAGUGACGAAGGAAGACAUUGGGAAUUACAGCUGCCUGGCGAAGAAUCCUGUCAGUGAGAUGGAAAGUGAUAUCAUUAUGCCCAUCAUAUAUUAUGGACCUUAUGGACUUCAAGUGAAUUCUGAUAAAGGGCUAAAAGUAGGGGAAGUGUUUACUGUUGACCUUGGAGAGGCCAUCCUAUUUGAUUGUUCUGCUGAUUCUUAUCCCCCCAACACUUACUCCUGGAUUCGGAGGACUGACAAUACAACAUAUAUUAUUAAGCAUGGGCCUCGCUUAGAAGUUGCAUCUGAGAAAGUAGCCCAGAAGACAACUGACUAUGUGUGCUGUGCUUACAACAACAUAACCGGCAGGCAAGACGAAACUCGUUUUACAGUUAUCAUCACUUCUGUAGGACUGGAGAAGCUUGCACAAAAAGGAAAAUCAUUGUCACCUUUAGCAAGCAUAACUGGAAUAUCACUAUUUUUGAUUGUAUCCAUGUGUCUUACCUUCCUAUGGAAAAAAUAUCAGCCCUACAAAGUUUUAAAACAGAAACUAGAAGGCAGGCCAGAAACAGAAUACAGGAAAGCUCAAACAUUUUCAGGCCAUGAAGAUGCUCUGGAUGACUUCGGAGUAUAUGAAUUUGUUGCUUUUCCAGAUGCGUCUGGUCUUUCCAGGAUGCCAAGUAGGUCUGUUCCAGCCUCUGAUGGUGUAUCAGGGCAAGAUUUGCACAGUACAAUUUAUGAAGUUAUUCAGCACAUCCCUGCCCAGCAGCAAGACCAUCCAGACUGCCUGAAGGCAUAACUGCCACAGAUCAUCUUCCAUCAUUUCUUUGUCAUUUAUUGACUUUGAAAAGAACAUCAAUAACCACUUACAGAAACUUCCCCUCUGGCAAAAGAAACAGUUCCAGCAAAGUAAUUCAUGCACACUUCUGGGUAAAUAUCAAAAAUAACAGCAAGGAGUACAAAUGCAUGGGAAAUCAUCUUACGGGGAAGAAACCUAGUCCUGGAGGGGGGAGGAUGUAAGGACUCAAUAAGUGGCAAGAUACUUCAAAGAACCUCAUCAGAUAAAAUCUACCUAGAGUCACAUAAAUUAGGAACAGACUCUGUUGGAGGUAGGAACUUACAGUUUGGAAAAAAAAAAAAGUAAAGCAUUGUAUUAUCAGUCUAGUAGAACACAAGAAUAGGAUAUUAUUACAUAAUAUUUUAAGAAUAAAAGCACUCUAAAAUGAUACCUAAUUCUCUUUACUGUCUAUAAUAGAAAGCUAGGGGAAAUUUGUUUGUUGUUAAAUAUAAGGCAUUGAAAGAAUUUUGAGAUUAAGUCUGCUUUCUAAGAUUUAAUCUAAUUAAAAUUUGUAUCCUAUUUAAAUUCAUUUCUCUAUAUAUCCUUUCUUCUAACUAUCAAUUUUUCACAUUAGAAUGCAAACAGACCAAAUGACAACUUGGAGUUUCUCUUUUAAGUUUCUCAAGAAUGAAAUAAGUUUUAAGUCAAAAUUGUGAAUAUGACAGCUACAAUUUCAGAACACAAAAUAAAGUGAUUGGGUUGUUUUUCAUGUCAAAAAAUUGAUUUUCAAAAAAACACCCUUUGAAACUAGAUGACUUUUAGCACUAGCAAAAUCUUUUGACUUUCUUAAGGAUAUAAAAGUUCAUUUCAUAAAUAAGAUUUCAGAAUUGAAAACAAAGCAGAAAUGCUCUUUAUCAAGCAUAUGAAAAAAGUAUUCAAAACUACUGCUGUUAGCACAUGCUCCUCCAAAAGGCAGUCACCCUCAAGACCCUGGCUCAUGCUACCAGCACAAUCUGAGUAACAUCUCCAACUCCCACAGCCUCUCUCUUCUCACCUUCUUCUUUCCCAUUUUCUCAGUCUUUUUUUGUGUUUGUUAGUUUCUCUAUGUAGGUCCUUGUCUUCCAAUGGCUCUCUCUUCCUUUACCUUCAUUCUUUGAAUCCCUCCUUUAUCGAGUCUAACGUCCUCUUUUCUUCUCUUUCUCUAUAAUUGCCUCCCUUAUCCAUAAUAUUCUUCCUAAAAUUUUCCUCCUCUGUCUGUCUUCCACCUUUAUCUAAAUGGGGAGUCAAUAUUUUUAAAAUUAUUAUUUUAUUUGAAUUCAGAUUUAUGUUACCUAUUCUAAAUUAUUUAAAUAAAUAAGUGCAAUGCUUCCUUUUUCUUUAUCAGAAACUAUUUUGUACUGAUUUUACUUAUAAUUAAUUCACAAGCAUUUCUAGGACAUUUAAUAUGUGGUAGGGCAAGAGAUUAAAUAAGACUCGAUCUUUUCAAGAUUUCAUAGUUCAGUGGGCUGCUGUUUACUUUUUUUAACUAAAGAUUAGUGACUCUGAGUAAAAUAAAUAUUUCUCAGUAGAAUAAAUGCCACCUAUAGAUGCAGAGAACAUUUUUCUUUCCUGAUUACCUAUGGUUUUAUUCUCCUCUAGGUCCAAUUAAAUUCAAAGAUCAACUUCAUGAAUAAUGCAUUAUUAUAGGUGGUCAGUGAAUCUCUCCCAUCUCUAUUUCCCAACAUGAAUGUGCCAGCUCUGUGGAAAGAAUUCUAAUUUCACUGCUUUCUUUUAUUUGGCAGUUACUUCUGAGUAAGAAAGACAGCCAAACAAUUUUAUUCUUUGGCCCUUAGACUGUUCUAACAGUGUUAUUUUCUUUACUACAUAUGUCUGUUACCUAACUGGACUGCUGUUUAACCAAUUGGUAAAUUGGUCUGUGUUCAUAUUCUAGCACUCAGACCAAUUAUUUAUUUAUUGAACUUAAGGCUGGGUGUAUUUCAAUGUUGUCUAUUGACCUUAUUAAAUGCUCUUGGUAGGGUUUAUAUUGAACACAAGACUUACGUUAGUAUAUUGAAAACAGGACAUUCAAAUUAAGUAAACCUUUAGUUUCAAAAGGAAAUUAUCUAUAAAAUUUAAUAAUUGCUUACUCUCACAUUUAUUUGUUGAUAAAUGUAAUUUUCUUGAGCUAGCUCAAGACAUUCAUCUAAUUUGUAGCCUUGGAAAGGAAUAAAAUAAGUUAAGGUUUGUUUACCUGUAGACCUGAAAAAUCUAUAGAACUGUUUACAUA